AUGACAUCAUCAGUGUUCUACAAGUUCAAGUCGCAAAGGGACGAGUCCCGAGUGACUUUCGACGGGACCGGAAUUUCUGUCUUCGAUCUCAAGAAAGAGGUUAUUUUAGCAAACAACAUGACGAAGGCGAAUGAUUUCGAUCUCGUAAUUUGCGAUAGCUCUUCUGGUGAAGAAUUCAAGGAUGAUUCGCACGUCAUUCCUCGUUCAUCUUCUGUACUUGUGAAGAGGGUCUUCGUGAAGCCUGGAAAGGGUAAAGUUGCCUACUAUACUGGCAACGCAGCUAGUCCUUCGGGAGCCCCUGAUUCUGCGUCGAAAAAUGUCGGAGGCGUCAACAAUGCAUCCUCGUGGCAUCGAGGUGCAGGUAACAUCUCGAAGCGUUUUGAUGUUAAAUCAGAAAGGGAGGCCCCAAGCCAAGUUUUCAAGCCUACGUUGACAUCUUCAGUGACCAAAGACGAUGAGGCUGCUGCCAUGGCAGCCAUGUUCCAAGCUCAAACGGCAAACUGGGAGGAGACCCAGGAAAAGAUGUCACAGUUGGUGUCGCGCCCAUGCGGGUUCUCCUGUUUACUCCAUACGAAUUCGCGCGGAGGAGCCGGAGGACGCGGACGAUUUCAUUCACAUCAGCCUGAACGACCUUUGCCUACUAGCUAUGUCUGCUAUCGUUGUGGUCAGAAAGGACAUUGGAUACAGGAUUGUCCCACGAACAACGAUCGCGAGUACGACAAUAGGCCACGCAUCAAGCGGACGACUGGUAUUCCCCGGAGUUUUCUGAAAGCUGUCGAGUCUCCGAACGGCCAAAUUGGUCAAGGUGUAAUGGUCACGCCUGAAGGUGGUUAUGUUGUCGCACAACCUGAUGUUGCUUCCUGGCAGAAGCAGGUGACAAAACACAAGGGUUUGACGGAGGCGGACAUUCGGGAGCGGAUGCCCAGCGAUUCUUCCCUUGUAUGUCCGGUAGACAACAAACUCUUCCGUGAUGCCGUGAAGACCCCCUGUUGUGGAACUCUGUACUGCGAGGAGUGCAUACAGACACAUUUACUCGAGCGAGACUUCAUCUGUCCCAACUGUGGAGCAAAGAUAGCCUCGCUGGACAAACUGAUCAUUGACAAACCCACGCGGACCAAGGUCGGUGAUUACAUCGACAAAGAAAUUGAAAGGAGCCACCGUGAGGGUGAAGAGGAAGCGUCGAAAUCAAACGGCACGCCAGAACCGGGUGGCUCGAACAAGGGUUCGAAUCCAUCGGACGCUGCAGCAUUCGACCAAGACUACUAUUCUGAGCAACAACCAGGCGAGAACAUCGACAUGUCACAAAUUUUUGCGCAGUCCAUCCCGCAAAUACAAGCACAAAUAUCUCAGAUACAAAUCAUGCUUAACAAUCGGUCCCUCCCGUCACAGGUCCGACAGCAAACACAAAUGAAGCACCAGCAGCUACAGAUGGAGCUACAGCAAGCGCAGAUGGCCGCCGCGAUGGCAGCGACAUUCCAGCCAGGCCCCGCCGUGGGUAUGCCGUUCAACAACAUGCAGGGCUUCCAACAGCCAUGGUCGAACCCUUUCCCCAAUCAGCAGCCUGCGGGUCAGGAUUCUGCAUAUCAACGGCUCCCGCUCAACAAUCGCCGACGGAAUUAUCUGAAGCGUGAAAGACCUUCAGAUUUCUUGGAAGUGGGAGGUAGCGAGCAUGAGGCGAAGAUGCCCAGGUAUUGGGAAUAA